UCGAGGGGUCUGAUGGCACAGUCCUUCAGGCAACGCCACAAACCUGCUUCUGUACAGUACACGCAAGACAGCGGUCAUUCUCUCUGACUCAGUGUCUGUUAUUUAAAGAUGAUCUCAACUUGACGCCAGUCAUCAUCCCUGGAUUUCCCUGGCCUUAUGUUGACAUGGCAACAGGAAGGAAAAGCUCCACUUCAAAAGGUGGAGUACAUUUCCCCGAUGAUGAUGAAGACGCUCCCAUUAACAAUAGCUGUGAUGAAAAGCUUCAGGAUAAAGUCAUCACUGCUCUACCAGAGCCUGAUGGCGCAUAUCUUGUUAAGGUGGGAUUUUUAAGGAGCCAUCACAAAUAUGAAAUCAUCUUUUCUUUGCCACAAGUCCCAACACUAGGGAAAGAUGUCUCUCUUUCCCCCGCACUACGCACUACUGCAAAACCACGACUACGUGCAACACGCAUCACACCACGUCCUGAUGGGGGAGCGAGGGUGCUUUGUGAGUACAGCGCUCAGCAGGAGGGAGUGGUGCAAGAGGAACUCACCCUGGUCAACAGGAGCAGAAGGGACAGCAGCGUCCGAGUUCGAUUACAGGCCAGAGUCAUGGAUCGCCACCACGGGACACCAAUGUUACUUGAUGGAGUGCGGUGUGUUGGUGAAGAAAAACACACAAAAUAAUGACACAAAAGAUGUGACUAAAUCAGUUUGCUUGUGUAAAUGAUGAGAAUAAACCAAAAUGAAUGUGAAUGUGAACAACCUGUCUCACACCCAUCCAUGGAGGAUCACAACUGAACUGUUUUCGCACUAAAGCAAAAAUAGAGCCGCUAUUCUAGAGUCUAUGCAUCACAGGUCUGCUAAUCCAUCACAAAUUCAACUUUAGUUUUUAGCAGAAUUGAAUCAAAAAGCAAUUUAAAGAGAAAAAGGAAUACCAUUGCAUCUGGCCACGGAUAACAUGUCACAAGUUCAGCUGAGUUUAGCUAUGUGCUGUUUGAUAGCCUAAUGAUGAGUUACUAUACAUUCACUAUAUUGAGCUUCUCAUUAGCCACAAAAUCAAACAAAAAAAAGAGUUUGGCUUAGCUGGUUACUUUAUAAAAUUUAAAACGUGUGUCAAGAACCUGCAAGCAGCCUAUUUUAUUUAUUUAUUUGUUUUGCAAGU